CAGGUCACUUUCAACAUGGAGAGUGGAGCAGGAAAGCACUGGACUGAAGAAGAGGUUAAAGCUCUGCUAAGUGUCUGGGCAGAAAAAAAUAUACGAAAACAACUUUGUGGAACCCUGAGAAAUAAAGGAAUAUUUAUUUACAUUGCUAAAAGGCUGCAAGCACUAGGAGUAUACAGAGAUUGGAAACAGUGCCGGGCAAAGUACAAAAAUCUCAAAUAUGAAUACAGAACAGUUAAAUAUGCCCAUAACUCUGGAGACAGCUCUAAAACUAUGAAGUUCUUCCAUGAUCUGGAUGCGAUCCUGCAGUAUGAACCUGCCACACAAUUAACAGAGGAAGAUGCAAAUGGCAGGUGCCUGGCAACGCUGAGCCAAAGUGCAGCUCCAGGGACCACUGAAGGCAACAUGUCAGUUACAUUAGAAGAUAAAGAAGACAUCUCAGGAAAUCCUUUACUUUUGGUUUCUCAUAUCAGACCAAUGGAAUUAGGUAACUCUACAUCAUUUAUGGAACCCUGUAUUAAUUCAACUUUUAUUCCAACUAUAGCAAAUGAAGGAGGAAAACACUGGACUGUGCCAGAAGUCAGGGCUCUAAUUGGCAUCUGGUCUGACCUAAGUAUACGACAACAACUAGAAGGAACAGUGAGAAAUAAAAGGAUAUUUGAACAGAUUGCUGCCAAGCUUCAGAAAUCUGGGAUAGAAAGAGACUGGAAACAGUGCAGAACAAAGUAUAAAAACUUAAAACAUGAAUAUAAGAUUGUAAGAAUGGCUCAAGAUCAAGGCAUAACUAAGAGUAUGAAAUUUUUUACUGAGUUGGAUGCCAUUUUGGGACACAAUAAAACAGAGAAAUCACAACAACAGGAAUUCCAAGAUGAAAAACAAGCCACCGGAUGUGCCAAUGUAAAAACAGAAGAGGAUCGGACAGUCAUUGCUGGAGAUGCGGCUAAAGAUGACUUUGUUGGUCAUAUGUCAGAAGACCUAAGAGAGGGAGAUGUAAAACAAAGUCCAGCUACAGAAUUAUUUGAAGGUCAUACUAAAAACCCAAGAACUUUGAGCAUCAAAAGAAAAGCACACGAAGAUGGACCAGUGUCUGUAUCUCUUAAGAAAACCGCUCCUGAGAUCACUGCAAAUGGGUUUCCUCAAUGCGUAACAGAACGGAAAGAGUCUACAGAAUGUUUCUACAGACAGGAAACCCCAUACGUGAUCCAAUUUCAUCAGAGUCUUUCCUCUCUUCCCGGCGCGGCCGCUGCCCCCAGCCCACGCAGAAUAAUGGCGACAGCUGAGGUACUGAAUAUUGGUAAGAAACUCUAUGAGGGUAAAACAAAAGAAGUCUAUGAAUUGCCAGAUAGUCCAGGAAAAGUCCUCCUGCAGUCCAAGGACCAGAUAACAGCAGGAAAUGCAGCCAGAAAGAAUCACCUGGAAGGAAAAGCUGCAAUCUCAAAUAAAACUACCAGUUGUAUUUUUCAGUUGUUAAAGGAAGCAGGUAUCAAAACUGCUUUCACCAGAAAAUGUGGGGAGACAGCUUUCAUUGCACCUAAGUGUGAAAUGAUUCCAAUUGAAUGGGUCUGUAGAAGAAUAGCAACUGGUUCUUUUCUCAAAAGAAAUCCUGGUGUCAAGGAGGGAUAUAAGUUUUACCCACCUAAAGUGGAGCUGUUUUUCAAGGAUGAUGCCAACAAUGAUCCACAGUGGUCUGAGGAACAGCUAAUUGCUGCAAAAUUUUGCUUUGCUGGACUUGUUAUAGGCCAGACUGAAGUGGAUAUCAUGAGUCAUGCUACACAGGCUAUUUUUGAAAUAUUGGAGAAAUCCUGGUUGCCCCAGAACUGUACAUUGGUUGAUAUGAAGAUUGAAUUUGGUGUUGAUAUAACCACCAAAGAGAUUGUUCUUGCUGAUGUUAUUGAUAAUGAUUCCUGGAGACUCUGGCCAUCAGGAGAUCGAAGCCAACAGAAAGAUAAACAGUCAUAUCGUGACCUAAAGGAAGUAACUCCCGAAGGGCUCCUGAUGGUGAAGAAAAAUUUUGAGUGGGUUGCAGAAAGAGUGGAGUUGCUUCUGAAAUCAGAAAGUCAGUGCAGAGUUGUAGUAUUGAUGGGCUCAACUUCUGAUCUCAGUCACUGUGAAAAAAUAAAGAAGGCUUGUGGAAAUUUUGGCAUUCCAUGUGAACUUCGGGUAACAUCUGCCCAUAAAGGGCCAGAUGAAACUCUGAGGAUUAAAGCAGAGUAUGAAGGGGAUGGCAUUCCUACUGUAUUUGUGGCAGUGGCGGGCAGAAGCAAUGGUUUAGGACCAGUGAUGUCUGGUAACACUGCAUACCCAGUUAUCAGCUGCCCUCCACUCACUCCAGACUGGGGAGCUCAGGAUGUGUGGUCAUCUCUUCGACUACCCAGUGGUCUUGGCUGUUCAACCAUACUUUCUCCAGAAGGAUCAGCUCAGUUUGCUGCUCAGAUAUUUGGAUUAAACAACCAUUUGGUAUGGGCUAAACUGCGAGCAAGUAUAUUGAACACAUGGAUUUCCUUGAAGCAGGCUGACAAGAAAAUCAGAGAGGGCAAUUUGUAAAACAUCAUUGCUUUUUUUUGUUGUUGUUGUUGUUAAGAAAGACUUUACAUUUCUUGUUUAGUUUCAGAAAAAGAUCAAGGUGAAAGUUUUUAAAUCAAA